AGCGCAGGCCGGGAGAGCUGCGUGCCCGGGGCCGCCCGGCCGGCCCCCGCGGGGAGGAGGGUGCGCGUCCCCGCGCUCUCGCUGGCGGCUGGGGAAGGGGCAGCGCGUCUGCGGGCAGCGCUACCGCAGCGGCGGGCUGAGGACACUCAGAAACCGGAGCCGGGGAAACUGGAAGCCAAGGCAGGUGGUCUGGCUUGGCGGAGCUGGAGCUGCUGCUUUCCCCUCGAGCACUUGAAAAGAAAGCGCAUAGGACGUGCUUCCCUCUGGCUCACCUUCACUACGCCUCCCUCCCAUUCUGCUUCCUCCUUGUAAUCCCCAAGUGAAGAUGAGUAGCCUGCUGCGAACAUGACGUCUCUGACUAGUGUCAUUGCCUCCCACCAGUCUGAGUGGGUGUCCUUCACUGAUGAUCUGCUCCUCCCUGUUAACCCACGAGGUAGCACCGAGGAGCCUCUGGAGAAACGUUUUUCUUCCUCAGAUACCUCUUCAGAAGAGAACCCCAAUGUCGACAGAGAAUUUCAGGACCUCUCCCACACAGAGCUGGAUGAUGCAGCUGACAAACCCAAGGUGGAUUCUGCUGUGCUUGAGAACCAUGUGUGUCCCAGCGCUGAUUUGUCAGCAUCCAUCAGUGCUUGGGUGCAGUUUGAAGAUGCACCAUGGACAAGUGUUUCGUCAACCCACCCACAAGCAGUGUCUUCAUCAAAAGCACCCAGCUGGACAUCCCCCUCCUCCAACUCCUCCGAGAGGCGAACCCGUGCCUCAGAGAGCAGCUGGACAACCAACUCGGAAGACACCAGCAGCCCAAGCAUUGCUCCCUCCUACACAGAUCUGCAGUCAGUUAACACUGAGGACCUGACCAGCGGGGGAACGUCUGCCGCAGACUCACCUGAUAAUUCAUCAUCUCUCCAGGAAGAUGAAGAGAUAGAUAUGGAGGCUGUCAACUGGCAGCUGAACAACACCUCCAUGAAUGGGCAUUCAUCUAUGCCAACCACAGUUCGCUUUCCCAGCUGGGUGACUUUUGAUGACAAUGAAGUCAGCUUUUCACCACAGAACCAUUCUCCCUUGAAAACAGACACCCCACCUGCCGAAACACAGACUCCAGAUGUUAAUUUUAACCUCACUACAUCCUUCAAGAAAAGAGAACGUCCUAAAAGCACACUGGGGGACCUCUCCAAAAUUCAAAAGCUAGAUCUCUCCUCCUUAACCAAGUUGCCUUCUGUUGAAAUGCCACCAUGGAGUGCUACUAACCCCUUCCUGGAUGAAUCUCUGCGAGAUGUCCAGCCCUCACCCAUCAAUCCAUUCAGCUCAUUCUUUGAGGAACGAGACAGGCGUUCCAAAAGUUCUUCUGUCUCUAGUGCUCCAGGCAAAAGCCAAAGAGACUCUCUCAUUAUUCUCCAUCAAGAACCUGAUACCAUAAAUUUUCUUGAGGCAAACAAAAGUGUAACCCACACAGAUGCUGUAGAGCAGCUCAAGCAACUCCAGAUUGGAGACCCAGAUCAUGUGAGCAGCCCUACUUUGCCUGAUGAUGACCCCAUGAUGCCGUAUGAUCUGGAUGCAGCCUUAUUUAACCUGGCACCAGCUCAGCCAAAGGAUGGAUGGCCAAUGAUGCUCAGGAUCCCAGAGAAGAAGAAUAUUAUGUCAUCCAGGCACUGGGGACCAAUAUACGUCAAGCUGACUGACAGUGGAUAUAUACAGCUUUUUUAUGAGAAAGGACUGGAGAAACCUUUCCGGGAAUUCAAACUUGAAAUCAAUCAUGAGAUUUCAGAGCGUAAACUCCAGAACUACGAUGAGAAUGGAAGGAUACAUAGUGUACGGUUGGACCGCACAACCUACAAGGAGAAAAAGAAGUAUCAGCCUAAGCCAGCCAUUGCCCAUACAGCAGAGAGAGAGCAAAUUAUCAAGCUUGGGACUACAGACUAUGAAGACUUCCUCAGCUUCAUCAGUGCUGUGCAAGACACACUGAUGAACUUGCCAGCCUCAUCAACAGAUCUGAGCACAGUGGGACUAAACUAUCAAGAAGAAGAAAUCACGGUUGAUGUCAGGGAUGAGUUCCAUGGCAUCUUGGCCAAAGGAGACAGCGUGAUUCUCCAGCACAGUGUGCUGACCCAUAUCUAUGUUCUCAGCUUCCUUUCUGGCCUGGCGGAAUGCAGACUGGGCCUUAAUGAUAUCCUGAUCAAAGGGAAUGAGAUAGUUGCAAGGCAGGAUAUUAUGCCCACUACUACCACUAAGUGGAUUAAAUUAUACAGCUGUCGGUUCCAUUCGUGUGUGGAUGAGGAUAUGUUUAAUAACUCCCGUAUUAUCCUGUUCAACCCCUUGGAUGCCUGCCGGUUUGAACUUAUGCGAUUCAGAACUGUCUUUGCUGAGAAAACGUUGCCUUUUACUCUGAGGACAGCUGCCAGCAUCAAUGGUGCUGAGGUGGAGGUGCAGAGCUGGCUGAUGAUGUCCACUGGGUUCUCAUCCAACCGUGACCCUUUAACUCAGGUCCCUUGUGAAAAUGUGAUGAUCCGAUACCCAGUGCCUAACGAGUGGGUGAAGAACUUCCGCAGGGAGAGUGUCCUGGGGGAGAAAUCUUUGAAAGCCAAGGUGAACAAGGGGGCCACUUUUGGAUCAACCAGUGUGUCUGGUUCUGAGCCAGUAAUGAGAGUAACUUUGGGAACUGCCAAAUAUGAGCAUGCCUUUAAUUCCAUUGUAUGGAGGAUAAACCGACUGCCUGACAAAAACUCAGCUUCUGGGCAUCCUCACUGCUUCUUCUGUCACCUGGAGCUUGGCUCUGACCGGGAAGUGCCUUCCAGUUUUGUCCGCUAUGUAGAUGUGGAAUUUGACAUGCCCACCACUUCUGCGUCCAAAGCCACCAUUCGGUCCAUCUCUGUUGAGGACAAGACCGAUGUGAGGAAGUGGGUCAACUAUUCAGCACACUACAGUUACAAGGUUGAAAUAGAGCAGAAAAAAAGCUUGAAUGAGGAUCUGAAGGGAGAAGAUACUGCAAAUGUCAAUGAAUGUGCUACACAGUGAAUGAAGCUCAGUCUGCAAGUCCCAAGAGGGGUGGUCAAAUUAACAACGCGUAAGAAAGGACUUGCAGGGUUUUGGUAUUUUUCGUUAGGAAGUAUGGAGUACUACUUUUGAAAUAAUGCUCUGAAGAGUAUUAUUUCUCCUUGUGAUGAUCCAUACUCUGAGAAGAAGCUUGCCAGUGGUUUGUUUGGAGCAGACGGAUGGGCUUUUGCUGGAAUGAUUUAAGUACAGUUGAGGUAUAGACAGAAUGACUCAUAUUACAGUCCAGCCUGCCUUUUCUGCCUCUUCACUGUUUAGGUUCUGCACCGAAGUGUGGCCUGGCCACUGUCGCAGCCAAACCAGAAAGCAGCCUUUAUCUCACAAUCUUGCCCUCCUACUUUAAGCAUUUUUUUUGUAUGUCUGUUGAUUUGGUCGUCAGCAAGGGAGCAUCGAAGGAAGAAUACAAAAUCUCAUUUCUGAAGCGGUCAACAGAGUGAAAACCCUGAGCAUCAUUCUGGAGAAUCAACAAACUCUGCAUCUUAAACAUAGUAAAUGGUCAAGCAGAUGAACUACAGACAGGACAGUUAAUCAUGGAGCUGUUCUUCUAUUCAUCCUCUCCUGCCUCAUCUUCUGAAUGACAGCAUGUCAUUGUGCACAUUUUCAUGGUGUCUGCACAAGUUACAAGAAAGCCUCUGCAGUUUCUUAAAAUUUGUAUUUGUUAGUCUGGGCUGUUCUGUUAUCUUGACAGAACGUGGUUAUAGCUGCUAGUGACAGGGAAUGUGUGUUAUAAUAGAGGUGAUAGAGGAGGUAUGUUGCUUAGAUCAUUCCUGCCUAGAAAGAUAUUUAAGGGAAAAACACUGUGGUUUGGGUUCUUUUUUUAUGUUUUCUUGGAUGGGCAAGGUGGGUGCUUAUUGAAAAUGUCAGGACAUGAUUAACAGACAAUGUUGUUUGCCUUCCUGAAACUCCUUUGAAGUCUGUCCAGCACAAUAUUACUUUCAUGUUCUAUCUCGAACCUACAAUAUAAGUAACUUGUAUCUUUAUAAAAUCCCCCACUAAAAGGCAAAAUCUCUUUUCAAAAGUUAAAAACAAGCUUCUGUCAUGAAGAUUUUUUAAUCUUCACUUAGCUGAAAUUAACAACAAUUCUUAAAACUUCUUUCUAAAAAUUCAGAAAGCAAAAAUAACUUAUUCAUAUAUAUUUUCAGAGAAAACCGUGUUCAAAGUACCCAUUUUUUGUAGUUCUUUCCAUGACUUGCAUAAUGUUUUGUCUCAUGGUAAUUUUUAAUGUAAGAAAAGUAAUUUAUUAAAUCAUUUAUCUUUUGAAAGGUUACUACUGACUUUAAAGUCACACAUUUGGAAAGCCUUGGCAAUGUAAUUUAAAAUGAUAAUGAAUUAAAACAAAAGCUUUUUUCUAAAUUUAUAAAUUUAUUUUAUUUUACAUUUCAUCUAACAGAAGAUUAAUACACUUUCAUUUUACUGAUUUCACUGUGACUCCUAUGAAAAUCACUACAGUGUUAAAAUCUCAAAUAAAACCUGAGAUUAAUUACACAGAGUCUAAAACUGGUAGUGGUAGAAUUUUAAACAAAUUAUAGGGAACUUCUAAAUGCCUUUUUAUAUGCACCUAAUUUUCAAGCCUAGGUCAGCCUAGUGAUAUAUAUUUACACAGGUUCACCUCUGAAAAUACGUAAAGUCUCAGUCCUUCUAGUACUCCUUAAUAAGCAUUUAAUAUUCUGUUGCAAGUAGUCCUACUGAAGCCCAGGGAGCUCCUUGGAGCACACCAAUUAGUACUAAGCAUUUGCAACAUCUCUGUACAUCCAAGAAUGCUAUUAACUUUUACAAAGCAUUCUGAGAUUAGUGGAUUAAAAUUACUGGUAAAGUGCAAAGAAUUAUUCUUUAUUAAAUGAUAACUUGUAUACAUUAUGAAAUAUGUGAGAGCAUGGAGCUGAAUUCAUGACCGAUUCCCAGCUCUGCUACAGACUGGCUGUGAUUAGUUAGUUGCAUGGCAACUCCUCUACAAGAUUCACUCCUUUUUUCAAAGGCAUUCAAAGAACUUCUGAGUGUUUUUCCUGUUUUUCACUGCAGCUCCUAGUGUACAGUUUCUGAAAAGGACCAGCAAGACAUCCAACAAAGCCAAGCUGAAGGAGUGCUGAGUUUUGCUGAGGAAAUGUGAGGAUGUUUAAUGAAAGGAAGUUGGGAGAUUUCCUACUCUGAUCUGGAGGCCCAGUGUCUGAAUUUUUUGUCUGUUGCCCCCCCAGCCCUUGAAAACACAAAUAAGUAAUAGCAAAUAAGCAAAAUUAUGUUGUACUCCUUAAAGAGGGGAGAAAUUUAAAGGAGUAUAAUUUUCUAUCUCUGUCAAAUUCUUAAACUAUUCAGUCUCUAUCAUACUCCAGACACAGAAUAUUUCAUGCCCCAGAAAUUGCAAGAUGAACAUAUUGGAGGUUUCUGUAUUUAUUUAAUUAAUCUGCCUCUUCAUCACUGAUUCUUUUUUUAGUCAAAGUUACUGAAUGAAAGAGCGAGCAUGGGCCUGACUCUGAUCAAUCUUAUGUGGUUAGUCGUGUGACAGAAGUAUCUCUUCCAGUCCUCAUGGAGUUGUUCAGGCAAGACUAGAAAAGUGUUCUGGUUUAUAAAAAAAGCAAUUUUAAUCCUUUCUGAUCUCUGGACAAUAUUUUUCUGAUACACACGCCACUGAGUUUUUAAGAGUUUAAGAUUAAUACCUUGGCCAAAGUUUCAGAAGAUCUUAUUUUCUAUUGAAGCACUGAAGUAGUUUGAUUUCUCAAAAGAGCACUAACAACCAAAAUCUUGAGAAAAUCUCGUGUUGGUAUCAUUAAUUCAGUACCACUGAAUUAAUUUUUCAGUCCAGCACCAUUACGAGUGCUGAACAUUUGAACACUGGGAUCCUAAGUGCCCUUUUUGAAGCUUCCACUGUUCUUCUUUGAUUAAACAGUGCCAAUUUUUCAGUGUUAGAUACUGUCACUGUAUGAACUUUAUGUACAUGAACCAUAUACUCUUCAUCCAUAGGGGUACAGUAGUAAUUUGGCCAGACUGUUGAUGGGGGUGAGGGGAAAGGAACUGAGAGUUUUGUCAGUUUUAGAGUAGCAGAAAUGACUUAGGUACAAGCUAUGCCUGUAGUGGGGAUUAUUAUUAUUUUUUUUUUACCUUGGGGAAAAAUCUCUUUGAAUAGCUUCAGUUGAAUACUCCUUUUGAGAAACAUGUCAUCACUUGUCCUUUGGUUUAUUUGAAAGCUUUGUAGUACCCAAAACACUCCAUGCAGGAAAUGUGCCUUCAAGGUGAGUAUACUUUUAUUCCCUGAAGCUAUUAUCGCUUUCAGCCUUCUUUCUAUUUCUCAUUAUGGUUUUGUUUCAUUUUUGUACUGUGGUAAGACUUGAGGUAUUACCUAGAAAAAUAAGCAGUCUUUGAUCACAAGGAGUAAAGAUUAACAACAUCUCCAGGCAGCUGAGCUUAUUUUAGUGAAUGCCUCUUACAUUUGUUAACUAUGGACACUCUACUAGAAAAGGAAAAUAGGCAAAUUCAGGUGAGAAAUACAGUAACUGACAUGUCCUUUUUGUCCUUUAUUUUAUUUAGACUCAAAUUUAGUCAUCCUAUGAAGGAAACAGGUUUUAGGUUCUUCAUUGUAGCAGUAUCGUAAGAAACACUGCAGAAAUAAUUUACCUUUUCUGGUGGGUUGCUGGCUGACAUAUUUGCUUGACUGGAGAUCCAAGACCUGUUGGUCUACCUGUCCACAGCACUUAGCUAUGAAAACUCCCUCUUGAUCAGUCACCUCUCAAAACAGAGAGCAAUUCCAUGCAAAAGAGCAUCAAAGCAAGGGGGAAAGCCUGAGGAAAAAGUAUACAAAGUUCAGCCUGGAGGUCCUUACUCUGUUGCUUGGAUGAAAUUCUCAGUAAUUUCCUUGGCCUUUGAAUGCACACAAACUAAUCAAGCCCUUGAUAGUUCACCUCUGUCCCAGACAGUGAAAAAUUCCUCCUCGUGACCUAAGCAGCUCUUGUUCAUAGCUGUAUUGACCUCCAGAACUGGCCAGUGCAAGCAUCUGCAGCACACAGAGAUUGCUUACCAGUGAAGUACUUACCCUCUCUUGCCACUGAAGCUAAAUCUACAUCAUGAGUUGUCCGAGAUGGGAAAUUUUGUGUGGUACCAGGCACAGCUGUUCCCAGCCUUCCUGUUCUGUUCAGCCACCCACCCACACAUCCAUCCGUCCUCCCUCUCCCCCUGUAUACUUGCAGUUCAUUCUUUGCACUAUUGACAUUGAUUGGUUUGAUAAUUAUUUUGUAACAUGUUCCUACCUUUUUGUUUUGUAAAAUAAGAAAGUCUAUACACUGGUUAACUUUGUAGAAGUGGUUUAUUUUUUUUCUUUGUUUUAUUGGUUGAAAUGGGAUGUCAUGUUUUGUUUGAACUGUGGGAAAACUUCAAUAAAUGUUAAGAUGAAACAGCA